AUGUUCUAUUCCGAGACUCUCCUGUCGAAAACCGGGCCGCUGGCCCGCGUUUGGUUGUCGGCGAACAUUGAACGCAAACUCUCCAAGUCCCACAUUCUCCAGUCAGACAUUGAGAGCAGUGUCAAUGCUAUCGUUGACCAGGGCCAAGCUCCUAUGGCUUUGCGAUUGAGUGGUCAAUUGCUUUUGGGUGUUGUCCGAAUCUACAGCCGUAAGGCUCGCUACCUACUUGACGACUGCAAUGAAGCCUUGAUGAAAAUUAAAAUGGCAUUCCGCCUCACAAAUAACAAUGACCUGACUUCGACUGUUGUUGCCCCUGGUGGCAUCACUCUUCCCGAUGUGCUUACUGAAUCUGAUCUCUUCACCAACCUCGAUACAUCUCUGCUAUUUCCUCAAACUCUCGACCUGGAGCCUGCUGCUAAGCGCCCAGGUGGUAUGGACUUUGGAAGCCAACUUUUGCCCGAAGGCAGCUUCCGCCGCUCUGUCUCUCAGGAACCCGCUCGCCUCGAAGAUCCUUCCCUAGUCGACCUCGACUUUGGUGAAGAUGAAUUGCCUCUUGGAAACGACCCGACCAUGGAAGUUGGUCGAGACGCACCUGCGCCUCGCCCCGUGGAGGAAGAUCUCUUCAGUGAUGCCGGAAAAUUCAACGACGGCGAUGACUUGGAAUUGGACCUCGGAGAUGACGAUGCUCCCUUGGACAGAAUGGACCUCGACGAAGGUCAUGACGACAUGAACGAUAUUCUCCCGGAUGUCCCUAUGGACCUUGGCAAUGACGACUUUGGCGGUGGCGACGAGACCCCUCGCGCCACAGACACCCGAUUCGAACGCGACUCUGAAAGCCCCCUCUCUGACGCAGGAUCCGAUCAAAUGAACCGCUUGGAAGAGGAGUUCAAUCGCGAUGAGAAUGCCACCCCGGAUGCUACUAGCGCCCAGCAGGGCCAGCGCACUAAGCGUCAGAAGCUUUUGGCCCUCGACAAGGAAGUCGCAAUCUCCAGCUCCAAGUUCAAGGAUCAGCAAAAUGACCGCUCCGCCAUCAUGAAACCUGCCUCUUUCUUGCCCCGUGACCCAGUUCUUCUUACCCUCAUGACUCGCCAGCAAAACGGCGACUUCGUGUCGAGCGUGCUCGGCGAGGACCGUGGUCGUGGAUGGGCACCUGAGUUGCGUGGCAUGCUCUCUUUGGACUCUGUUAAGAAGGCCGGCGAGAAGCGCAAGCGUGACAGCGGUAUUUCCGACAUGGACGUCGCCGCCGCCGCCGAUCUCCCGGCCCUCGAGCUUGGCGACGAGGACCCCACCCUUCCUCUUGACGAGGGUAUUGCUGUCGAUACCACUAUGAACCAGCGCUCUGAGAUUGAUUUCCCCGCCGACGACGGCGAGCAACUGCCCCUCAGUGACGACGCCGGUAUGGACCAAGGUAUGGAGGAACUGGACGACACCAUCGCCCACCCCGUGGACACCGAGCCGGUCUCGAUGGGCACCAAGCACGCCGUGCACAUCAUCCGCGAGAAGCUCGGAGACUCCUCCAGCCAACAGAAGAAGAGUGUGCUGUUCCAGGAUAUGCUCCCCGAGCAGCGCUCAUCUAAGGCUGAUGCCACGAAGAUGUUCUUCGAGGUCUUGGUCUUGGCCACCAAGGAUGCUGUCAAGGUUGACCAGGGCUCCAAGUCUAUCGGUGGCCCCCUCGAGAUUCACGGCAAGCAGGCGCUCUGGGGCUCUUGGGCUGAAGAGAACGCUGGUGGUGCCAUGAGCCAACUCAGCCAGGCUCUCUAG